AUGUCCUUCUCCACCGAAAGCCUCUACGACAGGAUCUCACAAUCCGUUGCCCAUCAUGAGCACGACCUGGCGAAUAUUUUGAUACAGAUCCACGAAAAUCCGGAAUAUAAUUACAAGGAGUUCAAGGCCCACGACAACAUCUGCAAUCUUAUGGAACAACUCGGCUACAACGUGAAGCGGCAAGCAUAUGAUAUCCAAACUUCUUUUCAAGUCGAAUUCGGCAAAGGCGGAAAGCUCAUCGUCUUCAACGCCGAAUAUGAUGCACUUCCCGGUCUCGGUCAUGCUUGCGGGCACAACCUCAUUGCCACAAGCUCAAUCGCUGCUUUCUUGGCCACAGCCGAAGUGAUUCGUGACAGCAACAUUUCGGGAAGAGUACGACUUCUUGGAACCCCUGCUGAAGAGGGCGGCGGUGGAAAAGUGCAUCUUAUCAAGGCUGGUGCAUACGAGGGCGUCGACGCUUGUCUGAUGGCUCAUCCAACGGGACGACUUUCACCACCUGAUUCGGAUAAUGUCGACGGUGUCUCUGCUGCUAAGACGAGCGCAAGGAGGCAACUCAAGGUGUCAUUCACAGGGCAAAGCGCCCAUGCUGGGAAUACGCCUUGGCAUGGCAAAAAUGCACUUGACGCCGUGGUAUCGUCCUAUGUCAACAUAUCUCUUCUAAGGCAACAGAUUCAACCCACAGAAAGAAUACAUGGUGUUAUUCGAAGCGGUGGCUCAGAGCCGAAUAUCAUCCCUGACUCUACUGAUCUAGAGUAUUAUCUGAGAGCUGCAGGUGUCGAUCAGGUCAAGGAUAUUUCCAAGAAGGUCGAGGCUUGUUUUGAGGCGGGAGCCAUGGCGACAGGAUGCGAUGUGAAGUGCACAUGCGACAGUGAUCAAGAUUACAUGGAACUUCGACCAAAUAUGUGCAUGGCUGGAGAGUUCACCAAGCACAUGAAGGCUUUCGGAAGGGACUUUAUCGAUGAUGCGAACCAACCACCAAUGGGCGCUUCAACAGAUAUGGGCAACGUAUCAUAUUGUCUUCCAGGAAUCCAUCCCAUGUUCUCCAUCGGAACCGAGGACCCUGAGGUUCAACCUCACACGCCCAAAUUUGCAGAUGCCGCAGGAACAAAGGAAGCCUUUAUUAGAGCAUUGGAUUGUGGGAUGGGAUUGGCGGCUACAGCCUGCGAGUUACUUCUCCAACCUGAACUGUUGGAGAAGGCAAGGGAUGAGUUUAAGCAGGAUGUUGAACCAAUUGGAUAUAGACUUUGA